AUGCCUAUGAUCUCUGAUGGUUUUUACAAGAAUUUGUUGAUCAAUAGAGUUCGACAUUCUACAAGAGUACCAAUACUGCCAAGAGUUCCGGACCUAACUACACCACUAGUGACCAAAUUUGAAAAAUGGUCAGGUAAAAGGAGAAAGCUGUUCUUUCAAAAUGAGUCUCAGAUUCAUUCCUAUGGGAUUAAAGAUUUCGAACUAAGUAAUAACCUUUUUGCCCAACUCUUAUCAUCACCAAUGAGAUCUGAAAGAAAUUGUAAGACCAAGAUGCCCAAGGAAUUUCUAAUGCAGUUGAAAUUAAGUUCUACGCAAAACAAUGACUCUUCCAAAUCACUAGGAUUGGCUCCUGUGGUUCAGCAUUCAAAAUUGAAUAAAAACUCGUAUGUGGUAAACUCCAGAGAUAUACUUUCACAACAGAUUAGUUCCUCAACUAAGUGGGUCCCCAUAGCGGCUCUAACGUCGCAAAUGCGAUUCUUUCAAAUGCAAGAUGUGGCAAUUGAUAAAUCGAACUUCUUAAACAAAUAUGAGGAAAUGUUGAACUCUUUAUUACGAGAUCGUUUGAUCAGUGCAUCCGCUUCAAAGUUGGAACCACAAGAUGGAGAUGUGAUAGUUCGCUUCGAUAAAGAUGGAAACAGACCCAUUGAAAUUGGGCAAUGCAAGUCAAUUGGGAACAAGGAGGUCAAAGCCAUUUUAACCAAUCUAAAGUAUAUUGGUCCAACUUGGGAGCAAUUAAUUAACGAACAUAGAAAUCACGAAGAAGGUAUUGUUAUUAGGUUCUCUGAAAAUGAGGAGGCAGUAAAACUUCUCUACAAAAUGCUGGCAUAUCAUUACACUCAUUAA